GCUGGCAUGAAAAUAUUUCUGAGAGAUUGGACACUGUAGUCCUCCAGAUAACAUUAAUCUACUGAUGAUUCUGAAGUGAAGACGUGAUUGAUGAAGUACCAGAAACUGGUGACGUAGGAAGUUGGCUGCAUUUUCAGAGGAUUUUUUCAGACAUCCAUCUGGCUUUAUUGAGGAUGGACCUAUUUUUUUGCUUGGAAAAUAAGAUGUUCUCUGCUUCUGGCACACUGGUGAAAAUCGGUAAUUAAGGACACUGGUAAUAGUAUAUGGAUCCUGUUGGAGAUAGAGUAUCAUACAAGUAUUGGAUGAAUAGCAAACAGCCUUGCUGAUUGAGUAUCUCAGCCCAGACAAUGGGCCCCUGCCUCCAGGAGUGUGCGACUGAAAUAAAUCCACUGACUUGAGCAGCCCUGCUCCAUCGCAACCGAGAGCCGAAGCUGGUGUCCAACACACAAACUUCCAUGGAGCACAAGCCAGGGAACAGCAUACAGUGAGAAUGGCUGGACCAUUGCAGUGGCGCACUGAUUUUUGUGGAUGGUGAACACAAAAAGGGAAUUGAGAAGAGGCCACCCGAGUUAUUCUGACACAUGACUUCAGUGCUUUCUAUUCUUAGACAGAUGAGGAUCUGAAAUAUGUAGACUGAGAAUAACACAUGUCUAGGUUAAAACAGUAUCCUACAAGAAGCAUUUGAUGGAUUGUUCCUAGAUAUUUCUAAGAAGGCAACUACAAAAAGUUAUUGCAAUCUGACCAUCACACGGACGUCAUUAUUUUAAUGUUAAGUACUCAGACAAGGGUGCCAUGGAUGUAAAAGAAAGGAAACCGUAUCGAUCUUUGACUCGGCGCCGCGACACUGAGCGCCGCUACACCAGCUCUUCAGCCGAGAGUGAGGACAGCAAGGCACCCCAGAAGUCCUACAGCUCCAGUGAGACCCUGAAGGCUUAUGAUCAAGACUCCAGGCUGACCUACAGCAAUCGGGUCAAAGACAUGGUGCACCAGGAGGCUGAUGAGUUCUGCCGAGCAGGAGCCAACUUCUCUUUGCGAGAACUGGGACUUGAAGAUGUGACACCCACACACGGGACUUUGUACCGGACUGACAUCGGGCUGCCUCACUGUGGCUACUCCAUCAGUGCCGGCUCAGAUGCCGACACGGAAGCAGACGUGGUCAUGUCACCUGAGCACCCAGUGAGGCUCUGGGGACGCAACACCAAGUCCGGACGCAGCUCCUGCUUGUCAAGCCGGGCCAACUCCAACCUCACCCUCACCGACACAGAGCAUGAGAAUACUGAAACUGGUCCCCCCCUGCCCUGUUCGUCCGCCUCCUCCACCCCCCGCUCGCAGUCCCCCUCCCCUCUCCCCUCGCCGCCGGCCAAUGAGGGCCCGGGGCGGUCGCUGGGCGACGGCGCGGCCCGGGCGGCCGCGGGCUCGGACUCUGAGGAAGAGUUUGCCCCUCAGUCAUUCUUAGUUCAAAGUGGCUCUGGAAACCUGUGUGUCGCCGCCAACGAGCAUCCUCCAAAUCUUCAAAAUCAUUCAAGACUUCGAACUCCACCACCUCCAAUAUCACAUGCUCACACCCCAAAUCAGCAUCAUGCGGCCUCCAUCAAUUCCCUGAACAGAGGGAACUUCACUCCACGCAGCAACCCCAGCCCAGCUCCUACAGACCACUCUCUUUCUGGAGAACAACCAGCCACUACUCAAGAGCCAGCCCAUGCUCAGGACAGCUGGUUACUCAACAGUAACAUCCCACUGGAGACAAGAAACAUAGCAAAGCAGACAUUCCUAGAGACAUUGCAGGACAACCUCAUUGAGAUGGACAUUCUCACCUCCUCCCGACAUGACGGUGCUUACAAUGAUGGGCACUUCCUGUUCAAACCUGGAGGCACUUCUCCUCUUUUUUGUACAACGUCGCCGGGAUAUCCCCUGACGUCCAGCACUGUGUACUCACCUCCCCCUAGGCCCCUUCCCAGAAGUACCUUUUCUAGGCCUGCCUUUAACCUGAAGAAGCCCUAUAAGUACUGUAACUGGAAAUGUGCUGCUCUGAGUGCCAUUGUCAUCUCAGUCACGCUGGUGAUCCUGCUGGCCUAUUUCAUAGCCAUGCACCUGUUUGGCCUAAACUGGCACCUGCAGCCGAUGGAAGGGCAGAUGUAUGAGAUCACGGAAGACACAGCCAGCAGUUGGCCAGUGCCAACGGACGUCUCCUUAUAUCCUUCGGGGGGCACAGGGUUAGAGUUACCUGACAGGAAAGGCAAAGGAACCAGUGAAGGAAAGCCCAGUAGUUUCUUUCCAGACGACAGUUUUAUAGACUCCGGAGAAAUUGACGUAGGCAGACGAGCCACACAGAAGAUCCCUCCUGGUAUCUUUUGGAGAUCUCAGGUGUUCAUCGACCACCCAGUGCAUCUGAAAUUCAAUGUUUCUUUAGGAAAGGCUGCUCUGGUUGGCAUCUAUGGCAGAAAAGGACUCCCACCAUCACACACACAGUUUGACUUUGUUGAGCUCCUUGAUGGAAGACGUCUGCUGACACAGGAGGCAAGAAGCUUGGAAGGACCUCAGCGGCAGCACAGAGCUUUUGUGCCCUUGGCCAGCCACGAGACAGGAUUUAUCCAGUAUUUAGAUUCAGGAAUAUGGCAUUUAGCCUUCUACAAUGAUGGCAAGGAAUCGGAAGUGGUUUCUUUCCUUACUACUGCUAUUGAAUCAGUGGAUAACUGUCCCAGUAAUUGCUAUGGGAAUGGAGACUGCGUGUCUGGGACUUGCCAUUGCUUCCUUGGCUUUCUGGGCCCUGACUGUGGCAGAGCGUCCUGCCCGGUGCUGUGCAGUGGGAAUGGGCAGUACAUGAAAGGAAGGUGCUUAUGCCAUAGUGGCUGGAAGGGAGCAGAGUGUGAUGUCCCAACCAACCAGUGCAUUGAUGUCUCCUGCAAUAACCACGGCACAUGCAUCAUGGGCACCUGUAUCUGCAACCCAGGAUACAAAGGCGAGAGCUGUGAAGAAGUGGACUGCAUGGAUCCUACCUGCUCGGGACGAGGCGUGUGCGUACGAGGAGAAUGUCACUGUUCGGUUGGCUGGGGAGGAACAAAUUGUGAGACCCCAAGAGCCACGUGUCUGGAUCAGUGCUCCGGCCAUGGGACCUUCCUCCCGGAUACUGGACUCUGCAGCUGCGAUCCCAACUGGACUGGCCACGACUGCUCAAUCGAGAUUUGUGCAGCGGACUGCGGAGGACAUGGCAUUUGCGUCGGAGGCACCUGCCGCUGCGAGGAGGGCUGGAUGGGCACAGCCUGUGAUCAGCGAGCGUGUCACCCACGCUGCAAUGAGCACGGCACCUGCCGGGAUGGCAAGUGUGAAUGCAGCCCGGGCUGGAACGGAGAGCACUGCACUAUUGCUCACUAUCUGGAUAAGGUAGUGAAAGAGGGAUGCCCUGGCUUGUGCAACGGCAAUGGCAGAUGCACUCUGGACAUGAACGGCUGGCACUGUGUCUGCCAGCUGGGCUGGAGAGGAGCAGGCUGUGACACUUCCAUGGAGACGGCAUGUGGCGAUGGGAAAGACAACGAUGGAGAUGGCCUGGUGGAUUGCAUGGACCCAGACUGCUGCUUGCAGCCACUGUGCCACGUUAAUGCGCUGUGCCUGGGCUCCCCGGACCCCCUGGAUAUCAUCCAGGAGACGCAAGCCCCCAUCUCCCAGCAGAGCUUGCACUCCUUUUAUGAUCGAAUCAAGUUCCUGAUUGGCAAGGACAGCACUCACAUCAUCCCAGGGGACAAUCCUUUUGAAGGCGGACAUGCAUGUGUGAUUCGAGGCCAGGUGAUGACAGCAGAUGGGACCCCUCUAGUUGGAGUGAACAUCAGCUUUGUCAACAAUCCUCUGUUUGGAUACACAAUCAGUAGACAAGAUGGCAGCUUUGAUCUUGUUACCAUUGGUGGAAUCUCCAUUAUCCUGCACUUUGAGCGGGCUCCCUUCAUCACCCAGGAGCACACGCUGUGGUUGCCGUGGGAUCGCUUCUUUGUGAUGGAAACCAUAGUCAUGAGGCACGAAGAGAAUGAGAUCCCAAGCUGUGACCUCAGUAACUUCGCCCGGCCCAACCCUGUGGUCUCCCCAUCUCCUCUGACAGCUUUUGCAACUUCCUGCUCAGAGAAAGGUCCUAUUGUUCCUGAGAUCCAGGCUCUACAAGAGGAGAUUAAUGUUUCCGGCAGUAAAAUAAAAGUGAGUUACCUGAGCAGUCGCACAGCUGGCUACAAAUCAGUGCUGCGGAUCAGCAUGACCCACCCCACCAUCCCCUUCAACCUCAUGAAAGUCCACCUCAUGGUGGCCGUCGAGGGACGCCUCUUCAGAAAGUGGUUUGCAGCAGCUCCAGACCUGUCCUACUAUUUCAUCUGGGACAAGACAGAUGUCUACAGCCAGAAGGUGUAUGGGCUCUCAGAAGCCUUCGUUUCAGUAGGUUAUGAGUAUGAAUCCUGUCCAGACUUAAUCCUGUGGGAGAAGAGGACAGCUGUUCUUCAGGGUUAUGAAAUCGAUGCUUCCAAACUUGGAGGAUGGUCCCUGGACAAACACCAUGCCCUCAACAUACAAAGUGGAAUCUUGCAUAAAGGAAACGGGGAAAACCAGUUCAUUUCCCAGCAGCCGCCUGUAAUUGGGAGCAUUAUGGGCAAUGGCCGCAGACGUAGCAUUUCUUGUCCAAGCUGCAAUGGUCUGGCAGAUGGGAACAAACUCCUGGCUCCUGUUGCCCUAACCUGUGGGUCUGAUGGAAGUCUUUAUGUUGGAGAUUUCAACUACAUCCGAAGGAUCUUCCCCUCUGGCAAUGUCACCAACAUACUGGAGCUGAGAAAUAAAGAUUUCAGACAUAGCCACAGCCCAGCUCAUAAGUAUUACUUGACCACAGAUCCUAUCACCGGCUCCAUCUACCUCUCUGACACCAACAGCCGACGUAUCUAUAAAAUCAAGUCAACCACAUCAGUGAAAGACAUUGUGAAGAACUCAGAGGUCUUGGCUGGAACUGGGGAUCAGUGCCUCCCGUUCGAUGAUACCCGCUGUGGAGAUGGAGGCAAAGGCACUGAUGCCACCCUUACAAAUCCCAGGGGCAUCACCGUGGACAAGUUUGGGCUGAUUUACUUUGUGGAUGGCACCAUGAUCAGGCGGAUUGAUCAGAAUGGGAUCAUCUCAACUGUGUUGGGUUCCAAUGACUUGACGUCUGCUCGGCCUCUCAGCUGUGACUCUGUUAUGGACAUUUCUCAGGUUCGUCUGGAAUGGCCCACGGAUCUAGCGGUGAAUCCCAUGGAUAAUUCGCUCUACGUGCUCGACAAUAAUGUUGUGCUGCAGAUCUCUGAGAACCACCAAGUGCGCAUUGUGGCAGGGAGGCCCAUGCACUGCCAGGUGCCAGGCAUGGAUCACUUUCUCCUCAGCAAGGUGGCAAUCCACGCCACGCUGGAGUCUGCCACCGCCCUGGCCGUGUCCCAUAACGGGGUCCUGUACAUCGCUGAGACCGACGAGAAGAAGAUCAACCGCAUCAGGCAGGUCACCACCAACGGGGAGAUCUCCCUCGUCGCCGGCGCCCCGAGCAGCUGCGACUGCAAGAACGAUGCCAACUGUGACUGCUUCUCAGGGGAUGACGGCUACGCCAAGGACGCCAAGCUCAACGCGCCGUCCUCCCUCGCCGUGUGUGCAGAUGGGGAGCUGUACGUCGCUGACCUGGGGAAUAUCCGAAUCCGUUUCAUUCGGAAAAACAAACCAUUCCUCAACACACAGAAUCUCUAUGAGUUAUCCUCACCCAUAGACCAGGAGCUCUACUUGUUUGACACCAGUGGGAAGCACCUUUAUACUCAGAGCCUUACCACUGGAGAUUAUCUUUACAAUUUCACUUACUCUGGAGAUGGAGAUAUAACCCUGAUCACUGACAAUAAUGGCAACUUAGUCAAUAUCCGAAGAGAUUCCACAGGGAUGCCCCUCUGGCUGGUGGUGCCUGAUGGCCAAGUCUACUGGGUGACAAUUGGUACCAACAGUGCUCUCAAGAGUGUGACAACACAGGGGCAUGAAGUAGCCAUGAUGACUUACCAUGGCAACUCUGGUCUCCUUGCCACUAAAAGCAAUGAAAAUGGUUGGACAACAUUUUAUGAAUAUGACAGCUUUGGCCGCCUGACCAACGUGACCUUCCCUACUGGCCAAGUGAGCAGCUUCCGCAGCGAUACCGACAGCUCCGUGCAUGUCCAGGUGGAAACCUCCAGCAAGGAUGAUGUUACAAUAACAACCAAUUUGUCAGCAUCAGGGGCCUUCUACACCCUGCUCCAAGACCAAGUCCGAAACAGCUACUACAUCGGUGCUGACGGCUCCCUCAGACUGAUGCUUGCCAACGGCAUGGAGGUGGCCCUGCAGACUGAGCCACAUCUGCUGGCUGGCACUGUCAACCCCACAGUGGGGAAGAGGAAUGUCACCCUGCCCAUCGACAACGGCCUCAAUCUCGUGGAGUGGAGGCAGAGGAAGGAGCAAGCAAGAGGACAGGUCACUGUCUUUGGACGUCGGCUGAGGGUUCACAACAGAAACCUGCUGUCCCUUGACUUUGAUCGUGUGACAAGGACUGAGAAAAUCUAUGAUGACCACCGCAAGUUCACGCUCCGCAUCCUCUACGACCAGGCAGGAAGGCCCAGUCUCUGGUCACCCAGCAGCAGACUGAAUGGGGUCAAUGUCACCUAUUCCCCAGGAGGACACAUUGCAGGAAUUCAGAGGGGCACGAUGUCAGAAAGGAUGGAGUAUGAUCAGUCUGGCAGAAUUACAUCCAGAAUCUUCGCUGAUGGUAAAUCAUGGAGCUACACCUACUUGGAGAAGUCCAUGGUGCUGCUCCUUCACAGCCAGAGACAGUACAUCUUUGAGUUUGACAAGAAUGACCGGUUGUCAUCAGUGACCAUGCCCAACGUUGCCCGUCAGACUUUGGAAACCAUUCGUUCCAUUGGUUACUACAGGAACAUCUACCGGCCACCAGAAGGCAAUGCCUCAGUGAUUCAGGACUUCACAGAGGAUGAGCAGCUCCUCCACACUUUGUACUUGGGCACGGGGAGGCGUGUCAUCUACAAAUAUGGGAAGUUGUCCAAGUUAGCCGAGAUGCUCUACGACACCACAAAGAUCAGUUUCACUUAUGACGAAACUGCGGGCAUGCUGAAGACCAUAAACUUGCAGAAUGAAGGGUUCACCUGCACAAUCAGGUACAGACAGAUAGGACCCCUCAUUGACCGACAGAUUUUCCGCUUCACUGAGGAGGGCAUGGUGAAUGCACGCUUUGACUAUAACUAUGACAACAGCUUCCGGGUGACCAGCAUGCAAGCGGUCAUCAACGAGACGCCUUUGCCUAUUGAUCUCUACAGGUAUGAUGAUGUGUCAGGCAAAACCGAGCAAUUCGGUAAAUUUGGGGUCAUUUACUACGACAUCAACCAGAUUAUCACCACUGCUGUCAUGACCCACACUAAACAUUUUGAUGCCUAUGGCAGGAUGAAGGAGGUCCAGUAUGAGAUAUUCCGGUCUCUCAUGUACUGGAUGACUGUGCAGUACGACAACAUGGGGAGAGUGGUUAGGAAAGAGCUGAAGGUUGGCCCUUACGCAAAUACGACUCGUUACUCAUAUGAAUAUGAUGCUGAUGGCCAGUUGCAGACUGUGUCUAUCAAUGACAAACCUCUCUGGCGUUACAGCUAUGACCUAAAUGGAAACCUCCAUCUGUUGAGUCCAGGGAAUAGUGCCCGCCUUACACCACUCAGGUAUGACCUCAGGGAUAGGAUUACUAGACUGGGGGAUGUGCAGUACAAAAUGGAUGAAGAUGGCUUCCUGAAGCAAAGGGGCAAUGAUAUUUUUGAGUACAAUUCAGCUGGCCUGCUCAUCAAAGCCUACAAUAAAGCGAGUGGGUGGAGUGUGAAGUACCGCUAUGAUGGCCUGGGAAGGAGAGUCUCCAGCAAAACCAGCCAUGGCCAUCACUUGCAGUUCUUCUACGCAGAUCUGAGCAACCCAACCAAGGUCACCCAUUUGUACAACCACUCGAGCUCCGAGAUCACCUCCCUAUAUUAUGACCUCCAAGGCCACCUCUUUGCGAUGGAGCUCAGCAGCGGUGAUGAAUUCUACAUAGCCUGUGACAACAUUGGCACUCCUCUGGCUGUCUUCAGUGGGACUGGCUUAAUGAUCAAGCAGAUACUGUACACAGCAUAUGGGGAGAUCUAUAUGGACACCAAUCCCAACUUCCAGAUCAUCAUCGGCUACCAUGGAGGACUGUAUGAUCCACUCACAAAACUUAUCCACAUGGGGCGGAGAGACUACGACGUGCUAGCAGGUCGCUGGACAAGUCCAGACCACGAUAUGUGGAAGCAUCUGAGUAGCAAUAACAUAAUGCCUUUCAACCUGUAUAUGUUCAAAAACAACAACCCCAUUAGCAAUUCUCAGGAUAUCAAAUGUUACAUGACAGAUGUCAACAGUUGGCUGCUCACCUUCGGGUUCCAGCUGCACAAUGUCAUCCCAGGCUACCCCAAGCCAGACAUGGAUGCAAUGGAGCCAUCCUAUGAGCUAAUCCACACACAGAUGAAAACCCAAGAAUGGGACAAUAGCAAGUCCAUUUUGGGGGUCCAAUGUGAAGUGCAGAAGCAGCUGAAGGCCUUUGUCACCCUGGAGCGCUUUGAGCAAAUCUACAGUUCCAGCAUCGCUGGGUGCCAGCACGUCAAGAAGAACAAGAACUUUGCUUCUGGAGGCUCCAUCUUUGGCAAGGGCGUAAAGUUCGCCAUGAAGGACGGGCGCGUGGCCACUGACAUCAUCAGCGUGGCUAACGAGGAUGGCCGGAGGAUUGCAGCCAUCCUGAACAAUGCCCACUACCUGGAGAACUUGCACUUCACCAUUGACGGGGUGGACACACACUAUUUCAUUAAGCAGGGGCCGUCGGAGGGCGACCUGUCCAUCCUAGGCCUCAGCGGCGGGCGGAGGACCCUGGAGAACGGCGUGAAUGUGACAGUGUCCCAGAUCAACACAGUGCUGAGUGGGAGGACUAGACGCUACACGGACAUCCAGCUCCAGUACGGCGCAUUGUGUCUAAACACGCGCUACGGGACCACCUUGGAUGAGGAGAAGGCACGCGUUCUGGAGCUGGCCCGGCAGCGCGCUGUCACCCAAGCUUGGUCCCGGGAACAGCAGAGACUGCGGGAUGGGGAGGAGGGUAUUCGCUCGUGGACAGAAGGGGAGAAGCAACAAGUGCUAAACACAGGCCGGGUACAGGGCUACGAUGGCUAUUUUGUGAUCUCAGUGGAGCAGUACCCUGAACUCUCAGACAGCGCCAACAACAUCCACUUCAUGAGACAGAGCGAAAUGGGCAGAAGGUGACAGAGAGGGUCAAUGCGGUGACUUCUUGCCAAAGACAGCUACUCUUUUGUGGCCACUUACCUGACUGUGUUGUACUCAAUCCUUUUUCUAAACUGAACAAGGUGGGGGGGGAGGAAAAUAGCAAGAAAAGGAAUAAUACAGUUGCACUGUAACUCAUGCAACAUACUUUUUUCCCUCUUUAAUUUGGCCUUCACGUGUUUUUUGCAAUGAACAGAAGGUAUGUUUUGCCGUAGUGUGAUCACAGUGAAAUUUAUUGUCUCCUGUCCUUUUUUCUGGGUUUUGUUUUGUUUUGUUUUUUUGUUCUUUUCCCCCCUCUUUGUGAGGAAUUUGAAGUGGGGAGUCAUCAACGUAUGUCCUUAGGUGUAAGUGCGAAAUGGGUGUCUGUGCUAACUUGUGUCAUCCUAACCCUUUCUGACUUGGGGCAGGGGCAUAGCCUUCCGCCUGGAACAGGGGGAGCCCAUGGCGUGCCAGAGACCUCUUCCCAGAAAGAAAGGAGAUGGAAGACGACACUGAUUCUGAUACUCUGAAAGUGAUCGUGCAAAUCACGUGCCUCAAAAGAGACCUUACCAGUAGUUUUCACAUUUCACUUGGGACAUAAAGUGUUUCUUUGGGAGCUCCUGCUGAGCAGAAGUAGAUUAUAGAGGCAAAGGAGCUGAUUAUAUUACCUUGCAAGAUGAUUCUCUUCCUUCCUGAACUGGAAUAAAAAAAGAAAAAAAAACAGUCUUUUUUCAUUAUGAGAGUAGAUACUUCUUGGGGUUUUUUGUGUGUGCGCAAAUCCUGGUUUUAGUUAAAUAACCUAGCAAAAGCCAAGAAAAGGGACUCCUGCUCUAUUGAGAAAAGCUAAAAUAAAUUCUCUCUCAUACAUAGAGCUGUUCUAUAGGUGGAUUUAAUGCACCCAUGUUGUACAUUUGCUAAUGGCAUAACUUCAUUAAAUGUAUAGUGUUUCAGUACAUGAGGCUACGUGUUUAACAGUCCACUGUGCUGUAUCUGAUAAAACCAGUUAAUUUUUAGGAAGCUGAUUUGAAUUUAAAAGUAGUUAUAGUAUCCCAGUGACAUACCACUGAAAAUUAGAGCCAAACCCUGCUUUUCCUGAUUCUGGAGCUUGUAUUUAUUGGCUGGGAAAUGCAGUUUGGAGUAGCAUGCUGGCAAGUCGUUUAUGACUAUGGCAGAUAAAUGUCUCCUGGGGACUUUGGCAGCAGGGAUUUUAAAAUGUUUAAUAAGUAGCAACAGCUUGUGCGUGGUGGGACAAGAAGGAGAAUAUUGAAAUCAACCCUCUCACUGUUUCUUGCACGAGCUCGAAUUUAACGGAGAGCCCAGUUGACUGUUAGCAGUGAUGAGGGGGAGGUUGAAUGGAAAUGCCCACUACAGAGAGGACCAAGUGCUUUAACGAGAAACUGCUGACAAAGUUGCUCGGCAUACUAAUGUAAUUUGUAUUCACAUAACCUCUGUGCUCUGGUAUUUGCAAGAGUCCUUGAAAUUCAAGGGAGCAAGGAGAUGAGCUCAGCAUCCUCUUCCCCGCCUGAAGCAGUCCUGUACUGUUCCUGCAGGCAGAAGUGUUACCCCACCUCUCAGCGGAGCUCUGGCUGGAGGUGGCCAACCCUGGUCCCAGAUAGGUGUCUCUGUCACACUGACACCUGCACGUAUCCUGACUCUAAGAGCUCUCUUGUGUCUCUGGGAACAGCUCAGUCCUGAUUUUUCUUUUUUUUAUUCCAUCCACUUUGGCUUUUCCCAGUUCUGCAGAGAGAUAACCCGAGAUGUGCAAGUCCAUGCCAAGGCUGUUUCCUUACUCGGAGUCCUACAAUGCACCUGUGUAUUCAGAGGCAGCUCUUCUGCACUCAUGCCACCACCACUGCCAUCCUCCAGCACAGAGUGACACUCCUCAGCAGGAUCUCACCCCCAGAUACAGCGGGAGCGUGUGUUGGCCGUGCAGUCCUCGAGCAGCGAAACAUUGGCAGCCCUGGUGCUCUCACGGUUUCUCCAUAGAUGCCGGCUGCCAGCUCCGUCUGCCUUGCCUGUCUGUUCCUGGGUGCUUGCCAGGAGGAAGGUGAUGGGAUGGAUAUUCCCCUAACAGACUGUUCCUCCUUCAGUUCUGAAUCCCUAAUACCUUUGGCUGCAUGGCCGUGACCAAGCGGUAUGGGUUUGAUUUUCUGGUCGUCUCUCCUGCUUGCAGCAAGGGUGAUGAUGCUGGUGCUGUGUCCUGGCUCUGUACUCUGAACCACCCCUUGCAGCACACAGCCUUUAUUACUUUGGCAGGAGUGAACCACAGGGAGCUGGAAAGGGUAUCCAGUUCUGGCAGAGCCAGGUGGGAGAAGACAUGUUGGCCAGACCCACUCCAGGCUUUGGCAAGGGCGCAGUUGCUUUGGCAGCUGCCUGCCAGGGAUGGUUAAAAGGCCAUGGCAUUGCCACCUGUAUGGCUGGUAUGAAGCACUUGGUAAGCCUGGGUUGCCCUGAGGAUGCACUUGUGGGGGUUAGGGGCACUGUUAGCCAAACCAGCAGUAGACACCUACUCGAAGGAAGCAGCACCUUCUUCCCAGUGCUGUCCAGCUCCCUGCUUCCCCCUCUCCAAGUCACACUAGGGACAAAUCCCACUUAGAACCUCAAACUUAGGAUGGCUGAGAGUGUCUAAAACAGCGUGAAUGGAGCAAAAACAGACCUGCAGGAAGCUGGGUCAAAAGGUAUGAACCCCUGGUAAAGACCAGCAGGGCAGAGAGAGCUCGAUGUGCCUCCCCUUUACACUGCCCCACUCCCAGCAGCUCCAAAGAGAAGUGGUGCUUCUGUAUCCAUCCCCAUCCAUGUGUUACAAUGCUAAGAGGAGCAGUGCAAGAGUAAAUGGGUCAUGUUUCCAUGGAGCCAAGAAAAGGGAUUCGAGUGUAAAAUAUUCCUACUGGAACCCUGCCAGCCUGAGAUGGCACCUCUACAGCCUUACGCAGACUCUUCAGGUUAUUACAUGAGCUAAUGACUUUGAAGAGUUCACCCAUUUUUCAAGAGUCUCCCCGUCCUGCCGUGCACGUCCAGCAUGCCCAGAGCCAGGAGCCAUCCUGCUCUGUUCCAUGGCCAAGGCAAGACCCUCAGGUUGCAUUUCUCUGCAUCGUCAAGCAGCACCAGGAUGUGACUGCACCUCUCUGCCUGCCAGGUCCAUGACGGUCUUCUCCUGGGCCUGCACCCGGUGUGGGAACUAUGGACAUUGUGUCAAAAAGGGAAAAAAAUAUAUAUGUAAAAGUAUAUAUAUGUAUAUGUUGCUCCUUUCUAUCAAAACAAAAACUUAAAAGGGAUGUCUGUCUAAUGUUGGGGACAAACCUGGCCAAAGAUAGCUACUACAUUCCUGAAUCCUCAGCCUCUGUGAAAGCUUUCCACUUCACCUAGAUGGCAAAACAAGAACAUUUUCAGUCCUGAAGCCCUAAAUUUACCCCUUCAUUAGUGAAAAAUGCUUUUUCCUACAGGAUGUCAAGUGCAUUUCUCUGGAAUGGGCUGUGAACACAAAGAGUUGUGCCCUCAUCAAGGAUCUGCACUUGGCUAUCCACAAGCAUUUCCACUCUAUUGAUGGCCCCAUUGCCCCUUCCCAUUCUUUUUGUUGUCCCUUCUGCCACCCUAUGGGGCCUUUCUGGCUGCCUGACCCUUUGUGUGCAGGAGUGUAGUAAUUCAUUGCUUCCAUAGGACUGGAAGGUCCUGGGUGCAAAUCCCACAGCACUAACUCCCUAUCACAGGAUCAGAGAAUGGUUUGGGUUGGAAGGGACCUUAAAGAUCAUCUCUCUCCGACCCCCUGCCAUGGGCAGGGACACCUUCCACUAGACCAGGUUGCUCAAAGCCCCAUUCAACCUGGCCUUGAACACUUCCAGGGAUGGGGCAGCCACAACUUCUCUUGGCAACCUGUGCCGGUGCCUCACCAUGGUCACAGGAAAGAAUUUCUUUCUAAUACCUAACCUGCUCUCUCUAUUUGAAGCCAUUCCCCCUUGUCCUGUCACUCCAUGCCCUUGUCCAAAGUCCCUCUCCAGUUCUCUUGGAGCCCAUUAGGCACUGGAAGGGUCUCUAAGGCCUUCCCAGAGUCUUCUCUAGGCUAAGCACUCCCCGCUCUCUCAGCCUGUCUCCGUAGCAGAGGUGCUCCAGCCCUCCAAGCAUCUUAGUGGCCUCCUCUGGACUUGCUCCAACAGAUCAACAUCUUUCUUGUGUUGUGGGCCCCAGAGCUGGACACAACACUCCAGGUGGGAUCUGGUUAGGGCAGAGCAGAGGGGCAGAAUCCCCUCCCUCACUCUGCUGCCCACGCUGCUAGUGAUACAGCCAGGACUGGUUGGCUUUCUGAGCUGUGAGUGCACAUUGAUGGGUCAUGUUGUUCUUCUCACCCAAUAACACCCCCAAGUUUUUCUGCCUAGGGCUGCACUCCAUCCAUUCUCUGCCCAGCCUAUAUUUGUGCUUGGGAUUGCCCCAGCUGAACUUCAUGAGGUUCACACAGGCCCACCACUCAGGCUUGUCAAGGUCCCUCUGGAUGGCAUCCCUUCCCUCCAGCGUGUCAACUAUUGCUCCAGAUGCCAUUUCAAAGGCCCAUUCAAAGGCAUGGCAGACCAUCUCCUGGGGAAAAUGUCACUGUGCUUUAAGUCUCAAGUGCUUUAAGGUAUGAUUUUGAGCAGUCGUUUUUUUCUUGACUUGCAAAAAGAGGGCUCAGCCCUCACCGAAAGGAGUUCCCCAUCAAAGUAGGUGUAACUUCACGUACUUUCAACUCCGGUCUUGUCUCCAGUCCAAAGGGUGGUGAGAAGGAUCCUGAGCAAAUCUUACAGCUCAGAGGAGAAAAUCCAGUGCUCUGGAGCAGGAGCUGCGUCUCUCAGAGCAGUAAGGAGCAACAGCUCAAGUCUUCAGUAGCUGGAGCUGGUACUGAAACAUGCUCCAUUUUAAGGGACAACAGUGAUGGGACCUACAUGGUGUGGCAUCCAACAUGAGCAGUGCCAUGAGGACUCUGCAGCUGAAAAACAUCCUGUGUGCUCAGCCCAAGGGGAGAGGAGCAAGACUAAUUAGGCAUCACGAGAAAUGCCACAUUUGUUUCCUCUGAGAUCUUUAUUUUUUUUCCCUUUCAUCUGAAGAUUGGCACUUGGAAAAAUCAUUAAGCAGCGGUGACCGGAGGGAAUCAUGGAGCUCAUCAUAUCUUUGUCAUCACAGCUAUUGAUCAGAGCCACAGUGAAAAUGGGCCAACAACACUAAACAGCACCAGGCGAGGGCCGAUGAGAUGAAGGUCAUUAAGAGCCCGGUGCUUGAUUCAGGUUUAGAAGACACAGAUGACUGGGAGCAGUCCCUGAGACACCAUUUGCCCGUAACUUAGGAACAGUGAGGGAUUUCUGUAAUAUAUCUGUAGUUGCUUUAUUGAGCGUAGGGACCGGCAUGAGAUUCUGCUCAGUCUAUUACACAGACAGUGUAACCAGAAUAAAUCAAAAUUGUUCAAAAAAAAAAAAUCUAAUAAAGUACUUUUUCAGCUGUGACUUGUAAGUGUCACCGUGAUGGAUGGCAGCGCAAUCCAUUAUGCAAAGACAAGGUUCUUAACAUGAAAUUUUAGCAUUCAACUUUACGAUUUACAGAGAGGGCCCCCCUCAUAUUUACGGCACAGCAGUCUGUUGUGAUUCAAUCUCUGCGUAAUUGAAACCACGGCCAGGGAUCACGGAUCUGUGGCUGCUUUUUAAAAGGGGAGGAGAAAUGACUGCCUAUAACAUUAAUAAUGGAGCUAGGGAGAUCGCUUUGCUUGUUAAAUCUUACUCACUUUACCUCCUUGCCCUGGUGGCACUGCCAACUUGGUGAAUAUGGACACUGUGCCUCCAUGCCAGGGAUGCGUUUGAUGGAAUAAAAUCUGGCUGCCAUGUGGCCAGCAGCAUCCUCCAUCCCACGGUGAGCAUGGCCUGGGGCAUUUUUGCUCCUGUUGCUACAGUCCUCCACAGGACAAGCUAGCUUUUCAGUACCUCUUUUUGUUAUAAUCACUCAUUUUAUUAUGAUCACUAAAUAGUCCCCCGUUACACCAAAGAAUGUUCAUGAGUUUUGUAAAAAUAAAAAAAACCCCACAGCUUUCUUGUGUUUGCUUCUUUUUGGUUUUUUGUUUGUUUUGGGGUUGGUUUUUUUUCAUCUCUUGAAUAUAUUUAAAUAAAAUUACUUGCGACUGCAGAGCAAGCUUCAAACAGACACCACAGGGACACAUAGGGCCCUGUCCAGUACCCCCUUCUCACUCCUGGAUGAAGGGCUGUUGCAUGUCCUGGGGGCCAUUUCCUGUCGCAGUUUUCCAUCCUGUGCCACCCCAACCAAAAACAACCCAGCCCACCCAAGGGAAACCUUUUGUGUUUCUUUCCUGCUCUCCUUUAAUUACCAUUAAACUUUGUGUUCCUGACCAAGUGUUACAUAGCUCAGCUGUUAACUCCCAUUCCAGAGGUCAGUGCUUUCUGGGGAGCAUAGAAAACCACAAAUGAAAAUUAACUAAAAGUAUAUAUACAUACAUACAUAUAAUUUUUUUUCCUUAGAGAUGGAAACUGUUCAAGCAAACAAUAAAACUUUCAAAAAAGAAAAUUAAAGUGUUUGGGCAGUUCGCAGAUGUUAUUGAAAUAACCAAUCAAAGAAUCACACUUUUCUAUUAAAAAGAAAAAUGUUUAUUUUGUGAGAGGACUUCUAAUGCAGCUCCAGCCGAGAAGAGGACUUUGUAUCAAAGCUGCAUCUGUAAGCCCAGCACUGAAGACUCUUGUCAUUACCCUGUGUAAUAAUUUUCCUGAAGUCUGGAACUAAUUUUUUGAGAAAUUUUUUUUCUCGAUACUUUGUGUUUCUAAUACUGUAUUCUUGACUGUGUAAAUACAACCAGGCUGUAAAUAAGUGCAGAUGUAGAUACCUUCUAGAAAAAAAAAAGCAAACAGACAGAAAUGACCAUGUGUAGCCUUCAGUGACAAAUAAAAGAAUAUUUUGUGUUUAAA